GUGCACUUCAAGCCUCAUCAAACUUCACUGUCCGACCAUGCUACAGCUGACAGACUUACAGUUCUCCAGUCACGCUCAAGUUUUCGUUGCCGCAACUUGUUUGGGUGUAACAGCCUUGAUUUAUCGUGCCUACCUUGCUAGCACAGAGAGUAACCUCUCCUGUCCUCCGUCCCCUCUCACGUGGAGACUUCGAGGCCAUCUCAUACCCCCUCGCAACGGAUUUAUGACAGUAGAAUCAUGGAUUGAAGAAUAUGGUCCUCUCAUCACCCUACGCGAAGGAAUCGAGAAGCACGUUGUUAUUGGUCGAUAUAAAGCUGCAGUAGAAAUUAUGGAAAAACAUGGGGCAUCGCUGGUCGACCGACCUCGUUUCAUUGCUGCAGGAGAGUUGCUUUGCGGGGGGAUGUUAAUCCCCUUCAUUCGCGCUGGCGAGAGAGCGAUACACACGCAUCUACAGCCAAAAGUAGCUGAGGCAUAUCAACCGCUCCAGAUCUCAUACGCAAAGAACACUGUCAUCAGUAUCCUUAAUGAUCCACACAAUUUCCAGGAUCAUGCGCGAACUUACGCAGCAGCAACAAGCAUGAAAGUUGCAUAUGGGAAGACCACACCUACAUCUGCGACAGAUCCCGAAGUGAAAAGGGUCGCUAAGUUUGCUGAUAAAUUCCGUACUGUAUUGCAUCCUGGCGCGUACCUUGUGGAUUCGAUUCCGUGGCUGAAAUAUCUUCCUUGGUAUGCGCGAGACCUACGUGACGGCUGUCGAGACUCGCAGGAGCUCUUCAUCGAGCUGUUCGAUCGUCUGAAACAGGAGAUAGGAGGUGACGAAGCUGGUCCUUCGCUCGGAAGAUAUCUCUGGGAAAAGAGAAGUUCUAACGAAAUGCCCGAGCUGGAGAUGGCUUGCCUUGCUGGUACUGUCUUUGCAGCUGGAUACGACACGACUACUCUCGCGAUAUGCACAAUCCUGAUGGCAGCUGCCUGUUUCCCAGAGGAACAACGUAAAGUUCAUGAAGAGCUGGAUGCGGUUAUCGGGAUCAACAGAGUACCCGCAUUUACCGACAAGAAAUCACUUCCUCGCCUUCGUGCCUUCGUUUCGGAGGCGCUGCGAUGGAGGCCGUUGAUACCUAUGGGUCUACCACACCGCACGACACAAGUGGUUGCUUUUGAAAAUUAUCGUAUUCCAGCCGGGACAACAGUAUCUGGCAAUCACUGGGCCAUCUCUCGCGAUCCAGAUGUCUUCCCGGACCCUAACGCAUUCAAGCCUGAUCGUUGGCUUGAUGCCGAAGGGCGCAUGAGAGAUGACCUCAAGUUCUUUGGAUUCGGCUUUGGUCGGCGAGUGUGUCCCGGACAACAUCUCGGCGUUCAUAAACGCGGUUCUCGUCCUUUGGGCCUUCCGGCUCACGUCGAAAAUCGCACAAAGCCGUUGGAUGAUAUGGCUUUCAUGCAUGGCAACUUCGCGAAUGAGCAGCCAUGUACGAUUGAUUUUCAGACGAGAAUUCCGGAAGCUGAGCUUAGGCGUAUGAUGGAGAGGGAUGUUGAGGACAUUUGA